AUGGCUUCCAAAGAUGGUUUUACUUGGACGCCAUCUGGCGGCAAACGUGCCGGUCUACCAUGCAUUGGUGUGAUCUCUCCUUCGACACAUUUUGUUCAACCCGAGGAUGAUCCGUUCGAUACCAUCGUCAUCGGAACUGGCUAUGCAGGUCUGGUUGCCAGCCGAGAUCUGACAACUCAAGGCAAGAAAACCCUUGUCAUUGAGGCCCGCGAUAGACUAGGCGGAAGGACAUGGAGCAGCUCCAUUGAUGGCUUUAACUAUGAGAUGGGAGGCACCUGGAUCCAUUGGCAUAUGCCUCACAUCUAUCGAGAGGUAUCUUUCUACGGUCUUCACAACGAUUGGCUUGUUACCCAGAUCCCCGGUGGCAAAGAAGACUACUGCACGUUGACUACGGACAACGAUCAGCGUAACAUGUCGCAUGAUGAUGAGGCUGAUAUUGUUGGCCGGGCAUUUGAAGUAUUCGCCAACGUAGACGGCGACUCGCUCCGGCAUACGUGGAAAUAUGCUUUUGGGACUGGUCAAUCUCCAGAGCUCAUGGCAAAGUGGGACCGGCUGUCUUGUCAAGAACGGCUUGACCAGCUGCAGGCCCAGGAUCAGCUUACCCCGGAUGAAACCAGCGUGUUGACAGCCUUUCUUGUGCAGGCCGGCGGUAAUGAUUUAGACCGUUUGGGCCUUCUGGACGCCCUUCGAUGGUGGGUACUUGGAUCUCACUCACGAACGGGGCUCAACGAUAUUGCUCUGCACACUCGCCUCGGCAGUGGGCACAGCGAGCUACAUCGUCGUAUCUUCCACCAUGCGCUAUCCACUGGCAAUUUGUCAUACACUUUCGAUACUCCUGUAACUCGGAUUGAGCAGAAAGACGGGCUCGUCACCGUUACCGCCCGAGAUGGCCAUACCUGGAAGGCUAAGGCUGUUGUCUUGACGAUUCCUCUUAAUGUUCUAUCUUCUAUUGAGUUUUCUCCGCCCCUGUCCAAGAACAAGCAGGACGCCGCACGCCAAGGCUCAAUGAAUUUCACCAACAAGGUUCAUAUUGACAUGCAAGGUCCCGACUGGGUGUCAUGGAGUUCCCUGGCAAGUCCCGGGAAGGGUACAGUCGCAGCCUUUGGAGAUCGACUGACGCCAGACAAUAACACGCACUUGGUUGCUUUUGGGCCCGAUCCUAGUAGCUCAACGGGCACUACUUUGGAGGAUAUGGAGGUGGUUAGGGAUUCUUUCGUGCACUUGCUCCCCGAAAACAAGCGGAGCGGAGUGCAGAUCAACAAAAUAGUCUCACAUGACUGGAACAGAGACGAAUUCUCAAAAGGAGCAUGGUGCUUUCUUCCACCCAAGUUCACCACCAAAUAUCUCACGGCUCUCCAACAGCCGCACGGCAAUGUUCUCUUCGCCAGCGGAGAUUGGUCGGAUGGAUGGCGUGGAUGGAUUGACGGCGCUGUCCAGAUUGGAAUGCAAGCCGCUCAGCGAGUUAUGGAGCUUCAACGUAAGCCGAGUGGUGACAAGAAAGUUGUGAAUGGUUCCAACAUCUACUUGUAG